AUGAUGUCCGGACGAGGCAAACAAAGCGGUAAGGCUCGCGCUAAGGCUAAGACUCGGUCUUCGCGGGCCGGGCUUCAGUUCCCCGUGGGCCGGGUGCACCGCUUGCUCCGCAAGGGCAACUACGCCGAGCGGGUUGGGGCCGGCGCGCCGGUGUACCUGGCGGCGGUGCUGGAGUACCUGACGGCCGAGAUCCUGGAGCUGGCGGGCAACGCGGCCCGCGACAACAAGAAGACGCGUAUCAUCCCGCGCCACCUGCAGCUGGCCAUCCGCAACGACGAGGAGCUCAACAAGCUGCUGGGCAAAGUCACCAUCGCUCAGGGCGGCGUCUUGCCCAACAUCCAGGCCGUGCUGCUGCCUAAGAAGACCGAGAGCCACCACAAGACCAAAUAAGUAACAAGGAGGAAGCUGCAAAGAGAAAAAAUACAAGAACUGUUUAGAACCAACUACACGCAAGAUGGCAGAAGAUUUGACUUCCAGUAGAC